AUGGAGCUCUCGACUCUGCUGAUCAUCACUGCGCUUUUCAUCGCUUUCCGCAUCUACCAGUCCCGCACCGCCGCCUCAACGCCCAUCAUGUCUCACGGCAAGGUGUCCAACAUUGACAACGAGGUGAUCUUCAAGGCCCUCACUUCCUCCGGCCCCGUCCUCGUCGACUUCUACGCAACCUGGUGCGGCCCCUGCAAGGCCGUUGCCCCCAAGGUCGGCGAAUUCAGUGAGAAGUACGAGAACGUCCGGUUCCUCCAGGUCGAUGUGGAUAAGAUGAGGGGGGUGGCUCAGCAGUUCCAGAUUACUGCCAUGCCUACCUUUGUGAUGAUGAAGGACGGCCAGGAAGUGCAGCGGGUCCGGGGUGCGGACCUCAAGUCCAUCGAUGACUGGCUGCAGAAACAGUAG